GUGAACGUAGCAAACAGUCAACUAAAUUUGUUCGCGAUGUAUCAUGACUUGAUUAAUGUAGAGUUGAACAAUCAAAUUAAGUUGUGCUUCGGUUAAUCGAAACAUCGAGGAGAAGUUUAUAAAUAAUCGGAGCACGUCUCGCGAACAUUGCACCCCAAGUUGUUGUUUCGGUUGUUGUUACUAUACUGUUACUGUUAUUGUUGAUAUCAUCCAAUGGACAUUCGGAUGUUCUGGAACAGUUCCGAAUAGACAAAUGAGAGCGUGAAUUGAUAAGUAAACAAAAAGCCGGUAACAGUGGUAACUGCAUAUAAAAAAAAAAAGAAGAAACAGCGUUCAAGGUUACAGAGUUCAAGUCCCCGGAGCAUCUUUCACAAGGAUCGAAGCGCGACACCGGUUGAGUAUUAAGAAAAUAGGAAGAAAAUGACCGCCACCGUAGAAUCCUCCAAAGCCGAAGAAGGAAAGAGGGCAAGAAUCGAAACUUUUGAUGACAUCUUGCCCUACAUUGGCGAGGCUGGCCGAUAUCAAUGGCUUCUCUUCAUCCUUCUGUUGCCCUUCACAGUCGUGUACGCGUUCCUUUACUUCACACAAUUCUUCCUCACUCUAACGCCGGAGGAACAUUGGUGCACCGUACCAGAACUGGAAGGAUGGAAUCUCACCGAUCACCAAAAAAUUGCCCUUUCCGUCCCUAUGGCGAAUAUCGAAGAGCUCAAAAUCGAGGGAGCGACACCGUUCUCUCGUUGCCUGAUGUAUGACGUUAAUUUCACUCAACUUCUUCAAUCCAACGUCACGGUCGCCGACCCUUCGUGGACCACAACAAAGUGCCAACACGGCUGGACAUACAACUACACGAAUAUUCCGUAUGCUUCAAUCGCUGCUGAGCUUGAUUGGGUUUGCGAGAAAACUUACCUGUCUUCAGCGGCCCAGUCGGCCUUUUUUGCCGGAAGUAUAGUAGGUGGUUUUAUCUUCGGUUACAUCGCCGAUCACUACGGAAGGAUUCCCGCAUUGGUAUCCUGUAACGCGGUAGGAUUUUUCGCCUCGAUUUCAACCGUUUUCGCGAACAGUUUCUGGUCCUUCACCCUAUGCAGAUUCAUCGUUGGAACAGCUUUUGACAAUUGCUUCAACAUCCUAUUCAUAGUCGUGAUCGAAUACGUCGGACCGAAAUACCGGACGCUGAUAGCCAAUCUGUCCUUUGGAAUUUAUUUCGCUGUCGCAUCGAGUAUCCUACCUUGGAUAGCCUAUUGGAUCGCCGAUUGGAGAAUUUUGAGCGUUGUUACGGCUGCUCCCUUGGCCUUCGCCUUCAUCGGGCCGUGGAUUGUCCCAGAGAGUGCAAGAUGGUACAUAACGAGAGGUAAAACGGACAAAGCGAUCGAGAUGCUCAAGAAAUUCGAACGUGUGAAUAAGAAAACCGUGAAACCGGAAAUCUACGAAGAAUUCAAAGAGAGCUGUAACACAGUAAUCAAAGACCAGUCGAAAAAUAAUUACACGGUACUCGAUCUGUUCAAGAAACCACGACUCGCUCGCAUUACAGUGAUGCUCACUAUUUAUUGGCUAAUUAUGAUAAUCGUGUUCGACGGUCAUGUGUGGAACAUGAAACUUCUGGAUCCCGACGUGUUUUUGUCUUUCUCACUGGCCGCUCUUACCGAACUUCCCGCUGCUAUAAUUCUCGCUGUACUACUGGACCGAUGGGGUCGCAGAUGGAUGAGUUUUCUGUCCCUGGUGCUUUGCGCCCUGUUUUCAUUCGUCGCAAUCGCCACCCCCGCCGGUGGACCCACCGUUAUUAUGGCGAUCUUCGCCCGACUCGGAGUCAACAUUGCCGCCAAUAUUGGAUUCCAAUACGCCGCCGAGAUGUUACCUACGGUCGUCCGCGCUCAAGGAGUUUCGCUCAUUCAUAUUAUCGGAUAUUUCGCACAUAUCAUCGGACCCUAUAUCAUUUAUCUGGCUGAUAUCGCACCAGAGUUGCCGCUCCUCGUGCUCGGGCUACUGUCCCUGUUUACGGCUUUCCUUACACUAUUUUUGCCCGAAACUGUGGAUCAAGAUUUGCCGGAGAGUUUACAGGAGGGCAAUGAUUUUGGCAAGGAGCAAAGCUUUUGGUGGAUUCCAUGCAUCAGCAGGUCUCCGGAGAAGAAGAAGGCUUACAGAAAGAAACUUGGUACCACGAAUGCAGGCUUCAAUCCAGGAAGUCUUCGAGCAAUCGAUUCCACGAGAUUAUAACGAACCCUUCAAAUUUAUUAUCUUGCCUUUUAAAAAAGUCAACCAAAUUCCUGUAAAUAUCGCCAUUUGUUUAUAAUUCUCAAGGAGUCAAGUAUUGAUUUAUGACUGUGUGUGUGUGUGUGUGUGUGUGUGCUUCUGUCGUCGAUUGCUAGCGAUUUCAUAGCAUUCAAAGACAACAGUAUUAAUGCGCGGAAAUGAUGUAAUUGUCAAAUUGCUCAAAUUAGUACUCGCUUGUAACUUAUGUGUAUUGAUAUCAUAUAUCACGAAGCACUUGUUUUAUCAACGGGUUAAUGUACAGAAUUGAUACAAUUCGCGUACUGCUUUACGUAGCUAUGAUAAUAACGAAUGGGUGAAAUCUUGUGAUAUGUCAGAGUGCGAAUCUUUAGUUGUAUGAUCAGUUUGUUAUUGAGUGAAACAUUGUGUGCAUGUCGCGUGUUGAAUAUUUUGACUAUAUCGUAUCAGAUUUAUGAUAAGUGAUGAGUAUAUAUGUAUUUACGUAAUUGAAAACAAGCAUAAUUGAAAUACAUAUUACUAUUCGUAAAUA